AUGGCCAAGGCGAUGGCAAUCAGACACUUUCGGGGACGGGGAGCAGAUUCCGGUCAGCUUUCCAGAAGCUCGUCCAGCAGCGCAUCGGAAGAUGAGCCCGAGAAUCACGCAGCUGAGGAGCCACACAAGGAACCGCCUGCCAGCAGCGACAGCAGCGACAGCGAUGAGGAUAGCAGCAGCAGCAGCAGCGAUGAGGACAGUGAUGACGGUCCGGCCUUGGUUAAACCGGUGUUCUUGAAAAGAAAGCGUCCCGGACCGAACCAAGGCACUCAAGAUCUAGACGAUGACGACAAUUCCAAUGCCAAUUCCAAUGCCAAUGACAACCAAGAACCAAACCCGACCCUCGUCAGGGCCGCCCAUUUCGCUACGGCUACACACCAAGAAAAACUCCUCGCCUCAAACACCUUCGACACCUCCAUCGCUGCCCAGGUCAUGGCCCUCGACGACACCGAUGACCUCGAUCCCGAACAAGAACUGCAUGACUGGCAACAACGACACCACAGCCGUAUAGCCAGAGAAAGGGAAAAGAAACUCCAAGCACAGCUCGAAAUCGAGGAACAAGAAAUGAGAAGAUCCACCAAUCUGUCACCAGAUGCAGAAAGUACUACUACCUCUACUACUACUACUACUACUGCACCAGUACCGACCUCCAGCCAUGCAACCACCAAACCCCUACGCAAACCCUCCUCCAACCCAGCCCGUCUCUCCAAGAGCAACAUGCAACUCCCAAACAUCCAUACCAGCCCCUCUUCCCACCAUGACACAGAGUACUCGUAUAUCGAAUAA